ACCUUUUUAUGUUAAACAAAAUGAAAAUUUCUUUAAAUUAUACGAAAUAAUUCAUUCUCAGACCUGCUGCUGCUUGGAACAUUGUUGCGUGACUGAAUCGACUGCUGCCGAUAUAUCUGCGCAGCUGAGACAGCCCCGGCAAUGUUCCAAAAACCCCAAAGUCUAUUUUAGGUUGUACAUAACCCUCCCUCCCACCUCGUUCGUUUUGUUUUACAGGCCAACAACAGACGACGACGGCGUCAAAGUCUAAUUAUCAAAGUCAGCUGUUUUUCUACAAAAUAUAAAGUUAUCGAUCCUGGAAAAGAAGGUGAUAUCGUGUACACGGCAUUCGUAUAAAAGUCGAUGCUAGAACGUCGGUCAAGGAUGGCGUCGUCGGAACUUCGGCGACCGAAAUCGGCCAAUCCCAAUCGGAGAUUACGGACAGCAACGCACAAAGUGACCGAUCCUCGAGUCCGUCCCGAACAACCGGCAGCCGAAAGAGAAGAGUCUUCCGAGUACCACAAUUUGAACGAAUCGCUCUCCGUUUGGACCAACGAUUCUCUGCUGGAAGAGGUCGAUCCUGGACAGCAGAGGCCAUCCGCCGCCUCGGGCAAACAGCAGCGGACGCCGUCGCCCACGUCAUCGACAUACGAUUCGCUGAUGACUUUCGAGUGCAUUCAAAAGGCCAGUGCUUUGCGUGUAUUGGCCAAAACACUUGACAGACAGCGUGACGUCUUGCAGCAGGCCAGCAGCAGCAGCAGCGGUGGGAACGGGAGCAGCACUGCAACGGGAGAUUCGGCUGACUCCCGAAAAACCACACCCCCGCCAAGGAAAUUGCGGCCUUUGGGACGUGAAUACAGCGGUCCUUUCUAAAACAAAACAACAAUUUGAUUUUUAAAUUUUAUUUUUUGUUCAUUUUGAUUUUUGCGGGUUGUACACACACAGUCAAGGUCCAAUGAAAAAGACGCCAGUUUUAUCGUGAAUAUAUAUACAAUGUGAAAUAGC